GCGAAGCCGCGCCUCCCGGCAACGCAGUGCCAUUGAGAGGCUGCCGCGCCGCUGGUGAAACUCCGGUUUUUUGGGGGUGGUGGAGCAGAAUGCAAGAAGUUGACAAGAUUGAAACUCUGAAACGAGAAUGUAUUUAUAUUCCACCUUUCUCACCCCGAAGGGGACUCAGGGCGGAUCACAUUAUACACACAUAGGGCAAACAUUCAAUGCCCAUAAGCACAUCAAACAGAGACCGAGACAGACAGACGCAGAGGGUUUGCACACCAAGAAAGGACAGUCAAGUUCAGAACGGCACAGACCAGAACAGCUGUGAUAUUUUUGUCAAUAAUCUUUUUGAAGAAGCUCAGAAAGUUGGAGCUGUAUGCACACAGCAGGCAAAGGUUAAAAGCCAAGCUGAUACAACAAUUAAAUUGUGGAAAAAUGGCUUCACAGUGAAUGAUGGUGAACUCAGAAGCUAUACAGAUGUUGCAAACCAGCGCUUUUUGGACUCAAUCAAAAAAGGCGAGUUGCCUCCUGAAUUACAGAAGAUAUGCGGCAAAGAAGAAGUGGCUGUGAAGAUGGAUGAUAAAAAGCAUGAGGUGUAUACUCUGAAGAAGCCAGUGUUUCAUCCUUUCUCUGGACAAGGGUACAGAUUAGGAAGUGCUACGCCAAGAGUAAUUUAUAAAGUAAAAAGAGAUGUUGAAGAAAUUGAAAAGAAAAAGCCGACAGUGGUAUUAAAUUACUCAGAACCCACCACUAGUGUCCAGAUCUGGUUAGCAGAUGGAACAAGGAUAGUACAGAAGUUUAAUAUUUCUCAUAGAAUAAGCCAUGUCAGAGACUUCAUAACUCACCAAGGACAACAUGGAAGGAGCCCCUUCACCUUGACCACGUCACUUCCUUUUCGGGAGCUGCUGAAUGAAUCCCUCACACUAGAGGAAGCUAACUUAAAAAACGCUGUCAUUGUUCAGAGACUUAAGAAAACGACGGAGCCUUUCAAAGGCCUUUCUUAAAAGCCGGCAUCAAGAUGGCCCUGAAAUAGUACAUCAGGACAAGGCUGCUACAAGUGACUCUUGGGAAAGAGACAAAACCAUACUCAACAAAUAACUGCGCAGUGGAGUUUGUGCCCAGUGACUUCCUCUUAGUUGAGUUACUUUAGUUCAUACCAAAAAGAAACAAAUAGCAAUAUCUGCUAUCUAUAGUAAACCAGUUACAGCACUGCUCCGAAAGGACAUAUGGCAUGUGCUGUGUUGAAUCUACUCUGCUGUGUUUUUCUUGGUUCCUUUUUCCAAAUCAGUGGCCUGGAUGUAGAAUGUAGUAGGCGGUAUUUCAUCAGGCCAGCUAUCUUAAGCUAUCAGCUAUAUAGUUUUAUCUAGCCUAGUAAAGAAGAGACUUGUAAUGAGAGUCAUAGGCUUCGAUUUGCACCUUGAAUUAUUAACUGAACAAAUGUUGCACUUUACUUUGAAAAGUACUACUACCAGUACUUGAUUUUGUUCCUUUUUAAAAAAGAAAAAAAACCCUAUAUCCCACUGUGCUUUAGUAUCCUCACAAUGCUGUGGUAUGAAAUUAUUAUAGGUUGGUAUAGCUAAACCUAAAAUUCAGUUUCUUAAAACAAGACACAUUUGGGAUAAGUUUCUAAAUGCCGUUUCUUUGGAAACCUUUCUGCCAAUGCAUGUGGUAGACUGCGGUCCUAUACGCACUUACCUGGAAGGGAGUCCCACUGAAUUCAUUGGGGCCGACUUCUGAAUGGAAAUGGCUGGUACUGUUUAUCUCACUUUGUGUCACAAGCAAAAGAUAUGUAUACAUUAGCCAUAGCUCUAUAAACUUUAUUUGGAGUAAAAUUCCAGAUCUCAAUAGAUUGCUUUAGAAUCUCUCUCUUUGCAAAUGUGUUUAGGAUUGCAGUUUUAGCUUAUGGGACUGAAGAGAGCCAUGAUUCUGUCAGAACAGCUGAGUCAGUUCAAAAGCUGAAUUGCAGCCUGCUGUGCCUCGGUAGCCUUUGACAAGGGACCGUUUCAAAGAGUGAAUUGCAUGGAUUAUGAAAUAGUGCGGUCUUAGGGAGAAUGCCAUCCCCUGUUUGGCUCUGUUUACUGGAUAACAGGAACAUGGUUUUGAAAAGCGAACCUUUAAUUCAGCUUACUUUAGAAAACUUACCUAAAAGAAUCAGAUGCAUUUGAUACUGCUUGGGGGGGGGGGGGGGGGGGAGGCGAGGCGGUGAGCAAGAGAAGGUUGAAUAAGAGUAUUGCUAGCUGAAUUUCCUACUUUGGAUUGUGAUGAUUUUGUUUAUUUAUUGCCUUUUUAAAGAUGCAUUUUGUGUCGUUUGAAGAUGCUGUACAAACGUCAAGCAAACUGCAGGCUUGUAACAUAAUAGGUAUGACUCAGAGGAAAAGAGAGAAGACAGAAAAACACGUAAAUAUGGGCACAUAACCUUCAUGGUUACAUAAAUGCUUAGUGAUUGAGAUUUCUUUUGCAUUGCUGAAUGAUAGCAGUUGAAUACUGCUUUACCCUCUGGGAUCCCGGUGUUUGUAGUUUUGUACGAGAUUUGGAAUUUCCUGCUGGAGAACAAAACUACAAAUCCCAGGAUUCUUUAUGAUGCAUCCAUGGAAGUUAAUGGGGUAUCAAAGUAUGUCAAUAGUGUGCUGUAAAAGGGACCUGAGCAGAAUGGUUUCUGAAGAGGAAGGUCAAAUGGUGAUUGAUCCAUCUGAAUCAAUGAUGUGAGGCCUGUCAUCUCACCUCUCCUUCUGUGGAUUCAGUUAGGUAUCUAUUUUGCAAAAUGUUGUAGCAUGGAGCCAUGGCAAUUAAGGUGGUAUCAAACUGCAUUAAUUCCACAGUGUGAGUGUACUCUCAGUCAUCAAGAAGUGUCAAUAGUAGUCAGGACAAAUGGGAACAGUGUCCCAGGGCUCCAACGUGGAUUGUGCCUUUAGAAGAAAGUAAAAUGUCGAUGGAUGAAAACACCCAAUUUCUUCCUCCAGUUUUAGAUGAGUGUAGAGUUGUGCACAUGGGGUAAUUUUUUGUUUAGAUCAGUGAUUCUCAACCUGUGUCCCCCCAGAUGUUUUGGCCUACAACUCCCAGAAAUCCCUGCCAGUUUACCAACUUUUACGAUUUCUGGGAGUUGAAAGCCAAAACAUCUAGGGACCCACAGGUUGAGAACCACUGGUUUAGAUGUUUCCUCCAAUGUGGUCUUCAUUUCCACUGUCCUCUUCCGUGUUUUCAGUAGGAAUGGUACUAAACAAUGAAUGCCAUUGUGCUGUUCACACUAUUCUAGUUAUCCAAACAGUAUAGAAUCAUAAAGUUGGAAGAGCCCACAUGGGCCAUCCAGUCCAACCCCCCUUCCUUGCAGGAAAGGCAUAAUCAAAGCACCCCCAACACAUGGCCAUCCCGCUUCUAUUUGAAAGCCUCAAAGGAGGGAACUUGGCAGAAGCAAACUGGAAUUUUUCUCCUAGGAUCAAAGCUUAGAAAAAUAGCCAUCCUGACUGGUUGAUUCUGGGCAACCGUCCUAGACCAAAAUCUGUUAACCUUUUGCUGGUGUUUUAAUUUAGUCACUAGUGCUACAUGAGUGACCUGGUGCUGGUAGGAGCAAUUUAUUUGGAUCAUGGGCUUAAAAAAGCCCUUCUCUUAGCUGUAGACUAUCUCUACCUAGUGAUUAGAACAAAUGAAUGAAGUUUGACAUAAUUUUAACCUGGGAGUUACAAGUUUGGCCAGGUACCAGCACUCUUUGGCAGAGAAGUUUAAAGACCUUGUAGAAGAACAACUCCCCAGAUCUCAUAGCAUUGAGCCAUGGCAAUUAAAGUGGUGUCAGGCUGCAUUCAUUCUACACUACAAAUCAGUGGUUCUCAACCUCUGGGUCCCCAGGUGUUUUGGCCUACCAACUCCCAGAAAUCCCAUCCAGUGUACCAGCUGUUAGGAUUUCUGAGAAUUGAGGGCCAAAACAUCUGGGGACCUACAGGUUGGGAACCACUGCUAUAGAUGCACUCUAAGAAAAGGCCCUGUUAACAGUUGUCAAAGCUGUCCCACUGCAUUCAGUGUAAAUGGAACUCUGCAGAGAGGAACAAACUGAAUUGUUAAUUGUCGAAGAAUGAGUGUGAAGAUGGCUGUCUUUGCAGUUUUGGUAUGCCUUGGGCAGUUAAGAUUGAAUGCACACAUGUUCUCAAAAGAUAAUAAGCUGGCUCUUAAAUAUCUGUGGCUAAAGUUGCAGUAGUAAUAUAUGCUAGAUCCUGGGACUGUGAUAGUGUAUAAGAUUGUCAACAUUACUGUUCCAUGCAAACAUUUCAGGUGUGAUGCUAAAUCCUACUGAGUCCCACUUUGGGGGAAAGGUGGCAUAUAAAUACAAAUAAAUAAUAUCAACUGUAUGAAAGUAGUUCUACAACCUUUUAAGCAACUUACUAGCAGCACAAUCCUUGGUCAGCUACCGGUGGAUAUUGCCCUUAGAUAAUACCCUUCCUGGCUUUCAGUGCCAUAUUUAGUUCCAAGAAGAUAUUGGAGCAUUUUUUAAGGUAGACAAUCAUAAUCCGUUAUUUCGAAGGAUAGUACACCAAAAAAAUAAAUAAAAAAAUAGGGGGUAGGUAAGCUGUGUGGUGUGUGGCAAUCAUUUCACAUCUGUCUUAUAUUCAGGCUCUAUUCAGUGCAGUUUGUUCCUGCUGCACUGGUUUGCCUUUGAGAGCCAGCAUGGUGUAGUUAUUUGAGUGUAAGAUUAAACUACCCACAAUGCUGUCUCAAACUUGCAAAUGUGCCCAUCGUUGUGAAAAGAAUGUGGACUUUCAGUAGCACAUAAAUUGGACCUGUGUGACUUCCUGGCAAGUUAUUGUUGGAGUGUUCCCUCAGUGAAAGAUAUGAGGGGUGCAUCUACACCAGGCAUGGGCAAACUUUGGCCCUCCAGGUGUCUUGGACUUCAGUGCAGCUUGACAGCAACUGCUAUGGUUCAAUACUAGGGAAUCAUGGGGGUUGUGGUUUUACAAGGUCUUUAGCCUUCUCUUUCAAAGAGCUGAUGCCUCGCCAAACUACAGCUCCCAUGAUUCCAUAGCAUUCAGCCCAUGGCAGUUAAAGUGCUGUCAAACUGCAUUAAUUUUGCAGUGUAGAUGCACCCAUAGACACUCAUUACCACUUCUGCAUAUUGUGAUUCCAUGUAAAAUUCUGAUUUGUGAGAAAUAGCCUUUGUUCAUGCAGAGACAAUUUAUUUUGAAAAGCACAGUGAGAUAUGCAUGGUGUCACUAGCAGGUGCGUUUUAUGUGCAUAUCCAUCAACAUGUCAUCCAUCCUCAUGUCUUCAUUUGUUGUCAUUCUAUGUUGUCCUGUAUACAGACACAAUUCUAUUGCAUCAUUUCUAUCAUGAACGAUAAUUUGUGCUGAUUUUGAAAAUAAUUGUAUAGGAAGCUGAGAAUUCCUUAAGAAAACUAAGAUUCAUUGGGUCGCAUAAGUUGAUAAGCUACUUGAAGGCACAUAUGCACACAAACAUAGGAAGACCAAAAUAUAGAACUGUUUGCAAAGGCAGAAAAAUGUGUCAAAUUAUCCAGACUACAAAUUGCGUCAGCAGUUUGAAAUUUUAUCCUGUUUUUCUCUGUUUGGGCCUUUAAACUAUCUUGUAUGGAUUUCUCAAAGCAUGUCUUGUUUACUGGAGAUGGUCAGAAAAAAGUGCCUGUAAAUUUGCAAGUUUUCUAUUUGAGAAGAAUUUGGGGGUUUUUUUGGGUUUUUUUGAAACUAUAAAAUGCUCAAGAUAGGAUUGUUUUUUUUCUAAGAAGUUAUUGAUAAAUAUACUGAUUUCAUGUAUAACCGAAUCUGUUACCUAGAUCCUUACUCUAUGCAUUGAUUUAAACUAGGGCACAGUGAUACACAGAUGAAGUUAUGUACGUGGCGUCAUAUAUGUGUAAAACCAUACAUACAGUAUCUAUUUCACAGUGUACCCUGUAUGGUAGGUUGAAUUUAGUGCCUUAAUAUGAGAUCAUGCAGCAAAGUCAAAGUGUUCUUUUACAAAUCUAGAUACUUAAUUUAGAUUUAAAAGCAGAAGGUGUUAUAAGUGAUUGAAAAGCAGUUUCACAUGGGAUAAAAAAUAUACUUAUGUCAAAAGUUCUAAGGAAAUAGAACAUCCUUCAAUGAUCCCAAUUUGGCAGAGACAGUUCUGCUUGGUCUUCUGUUGUCUCACUUUCUCAGCUGCUUUUAAAAUGUCCUGUUUUUGUCCCUUGUCCUCAACACACUUUCCUGUAGACUCAAAAGCAAACUGCUGUGGCCUCUUUUAGCUUGUGUGAUCUUCCUCAUUCAUAACUUUUGCCAUCUUGACCUCAUGGAUGUCGCUUGACUUGCACGUGUCUUUGUUUUCUUCUGUGAUAAGAGGGUAAGAAACGUGGAAUGUUUUUAGCUAGUUGAAAACCAAAAAUGCCUGCCAGCAUUGUGUUGAUGCAUGCAGUUCAUUCUUCAGCUGCAUAUAUUUUACCCACAUGUACCAUCUUUCCUUUUCGGAGGCAACUAUGGCCAAGCAUUUUCAUAUCCAUCAGUAUCUGUGGUAACAGUACACAGCCAAAACAAGUUUCGAGACCCAGUCACGUCGAUGUUCUCAGAACGAGAAGAUGGGAUGAUAAAACCCUUUGUAUUUAAAAUUAUGUACUGCUAAAAUCCAGGAGUUGUAUCUUCGAAGAGUCAUGCUAUACAUGUCUAAGAAGUGAUUUAAGUAGGACGACUCCCAAAUCUGAGAGUAAGAUUUAUUUAUUUAUUUAUUUAUAUCAUUUCUAUGCCGCCCUUCUCACCCGAAGGGACUCAAGGCGGCUCACAAUCUCACAAAAUUCAAUGCCAGUAUACAGUACAAAAGAUCAAACAUAAGCAAUUAAAACAAUCAAUUUAGCAUAAUACAAUAAAUACAUUUAAGAUCCCAACACUGGACGAGUGUUAGGUAUUGAAAUUCUAUAUUGAUGGAAGUUUUAUUUCCUGAAGUGAAAGUUACAAUUCUGAAGCUAGAUAAUGUCAAAGCUAAACAAUUCCUUUGUGACUUUAAGCACAACAGGUUCAAGGUUUCAUUUUAUAACUGUUUGGAGUACUGAAUUGCAAAGAUGAGGCACAACAUAAGAAGUGGGCUAUUUGUAGAAUCCUUUGUAUUAAAAUUGAAGAAGGAAUUAUAAUUAAAAGCUGAGUUUUAAGACUGAAA